AUGCCGUCGUCUCAGGAUCCUGUGAUUGACCUCUUCCAAGGCUGGCCAUCUCCCAGCCUUCUGCCGACCUCACUUCUUCAGGCCGCGUCCCAAACACUCCUUUCCAACCCCUCCUUGUCCACGCCAUCACUCCUGUACGGGCCGGAUCCAGGGCCGUCGUGUCUCUUGGAACAUCUCUCCCAGUAUCUGUCCAAGUUCUACUCGACGUCAUGGACAUCGUCCUCUCGUUUAACCAUCACCGGUGGCGCCAGCCAAAGUCUGGCGUGCAUCCUUCAAGUAUACUCGGAUCCAUCCUACACCAAAAACGUGUACAUGGUAUCCCCGACUUAUUUUCUGGCCUGUCGAAUCUUCGAAGAUAACGGCUUUGCCGGCAGGCUGGUGGCCGUCCCCGAGGACCAAGAAGGCAUCGACAUCCAGAGGUUGGAGGAAUUGCUCGCUCGCGACGACCUGGAAAAUGGAUGGCUGGAUGCAAGGGCCACCAAGCGCCCCCUUCCGUGUCAAAAGCAUUUCAAGAACAUCAUAUACUGUGUUCCCACGUUCUCCAAUCCUUCGGGGAAGACAAUGUCUCUUGGUCGCCGAGAGCAACUUGUCCGGUUGGCCCGUAAGCACGACGCCCUGAUCAUCGCCGACGACGUCUAUGACCUGCUGCACUGGAAUCCAGCCCGGCUGGGUGCAGCUGCUAUGCCGCGGCUCGUGGAUAUUGAUCACACACUCGACGGCGGUGUGUCCUCUCCGUACGGACAUGUCGUCAGCAAUGGCUCAUUCUCCAAAGUCCUGGGCCCGGGCCUCCGCACCGGGUGGACAGAAUCCACGGAAUUGUUCGCGUUGGGCUUGUCAAAGUGCGGCUCGACUCGCAGCGGCGGAUCUCCCAGCCAGUUCACCGCGUCCAUAAUUGCCGAGUCCCUCCGGACGGGCGCUUUUCAGCAGUAUCUCGACCAUGUCCUAAUCCCAGCUUAUCGCCAGCGUUCUGCGAUGGCGUUGGAAGCUGUGCAAAGGUAUCUGCUGCCUCAUGGCGUCGUGUUGGUCACUAUCAAGGAUAGUAACAAGGCGAAUCUCGCUCGACAAAUGUGCGCUGCCGUAGAAGGCGGAUACUAUAUCUAUAUCCAGCUUCCGAAGCUGCUCGAUGCCACACGGUUCGCCGAACAGGCAGCACGCCAAGAAAACGUCAUUGUGGGCAGCGGGGAGAAUUUCGAGGUGGUGGGCGAUGAAGCCAGCGUGCCAAUCAAGCACGGGGUGCGCAUUUGCUUUACCUGGGAAGAUGAGCAUCGCAUUGUCGAAGGUAUCCGGAGGCUGGGCAAGGUUCUGGAGCAGGCCAUGGCCAAGACCGGGACUUGA